UGUUCACAACGGUGCUCCCUCCAUAGGGCUUUUUACCUCUUCUCUCCUUUUUUGUUUUAACUAGUAUGGAAAGUAGACAACAAUGGCUUACCAGACUGAAAAAUGAACUUAGCAACAGCCCACUGGCGUCAAAUGUGGCUUUCGGCUUUAUCCUCAUGGGACUGGAGAAGUUGGUAGAGCUCGAGUUUGAGUGUCCUUGUAACCCUACAUGGAACGGAGUGUUUUCCUCAGCCUUCUUCAUCAUUCCUGCCGUCAUGGCCUUCACUCUCAUGCUGAUCAUCCAGGGGUGCAGGUGUGAUACUUGGUGCAAGAAAUCGGUGUCCCUAUCCAGCUUUGUUCCUGCGAUCGUGUGGCUGAUCUUGUUGUUCCUAGACGGCCAGUACUUUGCAUGUGCAAUGACAGACUGGAAGGGGAGAUUUGUCCUCGUUGACAAAGCGGCGCCGCAGAAAUGGUGCGAACCAACUAGCGAGGGAGAUGUCCCACCGCAAGAACUCAUGCUGCGCUCACAGCAGCUUUUUGUGGUGUCUCAGGUUAUAGGUAUAUUUCUGCUCAUAUUCAUCUGUGUGGGACUGGUAGUGUAUGUGGUCAGAGAGAGCUGUCACCAGGAAGCAGAGCAGCAGGAGAGCAACGUAGCGGAGCUCAGGAUGCUCACGGUGAGCUCUUUACGGACCCGGACGUAG